GCAUUUUUCUUCCAGCAGACAAGCCAAAAGCCUAGCAAAAGAAAAGUUCAAUAAAAAAAACUCAUAAAUAUUUUUCAAAACGAAAAAAAGUGAACUUUUCCUCAAAAAACCAAAGAUUUUUCCCAACAAUAAAAACGCACAUCAACUUAAAAAAAUAUGCAAUUUAAAUUAACAAGAAAUAAUAUCGCACAUUAGAGUUAUAAUAAAAAAAAACAACCUUCAUUGUAGUCGUCGAUUUGAUUCCAAAAAAUUCAAGUGGCAAUAAAAACAACAAAUCUACUAAAAAUCAUUGAUAAUUCCCAAUUGAGAAACUGACUACAUAUAUUUGGUCAUACAUUUUUGAGUGUGUGACAUCCUCACACUCCUUUUUUAUCGUCGGCUGGGAAACCAAUAUUUGUACACAAACAAGUCACAAAUAACGUCACUCCAAAAAUGAGUGCUAAAAACAAAAAAGAAAAAGCCACCAACGAGUGCGUACAAGUGGUAGUAAGAUGCCGCCCAAUGAGCAAUCGUGAGAAAACUGAAGGCUCCUCUGAAGUCAUAACAGUCUAUCCAAAUCGAGGAGUUGUUGAAAUAUCCAAUCCUCAUGAACAAAAUAAAGAGGCUAGAAAAGUGUUCACUUACGAUGCCGCCUACGAUCAUUUGUCUACACAGACAAAUGUCUACAACGAAGUUGUAUGGCCUUUAGUCUCGAGUGUUCUUGAAGGUUUCAAUGGUUGUAUAUUUGCUUAUGGCCAAACAGGAACCGGAAAGACAUUCACCAUGGAGGGUAUUCGUGGGAAUGAACAACUCAUGGGAAUCAUUCCACGUACCUUCGAUCAAAUCUGGUCCCACAUUAAUCGCACAGAAAAUAUGAAUUUCCUUGUAGAUGUUUCUUAUUUGGAAAUCUAUAUGGAAGAAUUAAGAGAUCUUCUACGUCCAAAUAGUAAGCAUCUAGAGGUUAGGGAAAGGGGUAACCUUGGAGUUUAUGUUCCCAAUUUACAUUCCGUCAGUUGCAAAAGCGUCGAAGAUAUGUUGAAUGUGAUGCAGUCGGGAAAUAAGAAUCGAACUGUAGGAUUCACAAACAUGAAUGAGCACAGUUCUCGAUCUCAUGCUAUAUUCAUGAUUAAAAUUGAGAUGUGUCACACUGAAACCAAUGCCGUCAAAGUGGGCAAGUUGAAUCUAAUCGAUUUGGCUGGUAGUGAGAGGCAAUCAAAGACUGGUGCUAGUGCCGAACGACUUAAGGAAGCUAGUAAGAUCAAUCUGGCUCUAUCCUCUCUGGGUAAUGUCAUCUCUGCUUUGGCAGAGAAUUCUCCUCAUGUUCCCUAUCGAGAUUCGAAGUUGACAAGGCUUUUGCAAGACUCUUUGGGAGGUAAUUCCAAAACCAUCAUGAUUGCCAACAUUGGUCCAUCGGCUUAUAAUUGCAAUGAAACUUUGACGACUUUGCGGUAUGCUUCUCGAGCCAAGACCAUUCAGAAUCAGCCAAUAAAGAACGAGGAUCCACAAGAUGCCAAGUUGAAGGAGUACCAAGAGGAGAUCGAGCGUUUGAAGAGGUCAAUUGCCCCGAGGCAGCGUGAACGGCGAGCAGCAAAGAAGAAACAAAAGAAAGUCAAGCAUCAGGAAAGUAAGGAAUCCCAGGAGACAGCUGCAGUCGAGGAAGAGGAGGAGGAAGAAGAUGAAGAGGAUGGAGAACAACCCCCAGAGGAGGAUGAACAGAAAUCGAAUGAAGUCUUGGAGAGGGAACGUGUUGCCACUGCACAAUUGGCUGCUAGAUUGGCUGAGUUGGAGAGUCAAUUGGUUCGAGGAGGAAAGAAUCUAUUGGACACUUAUAGCGAACGGCAAGAAGAAUUGGAGAAGAAACUACGUGAAAUUGCUGAGCGGAAGAAGAGAGAAAUUGAAAUGCAACAGCAAUUGGAGUUGAAAGAGGAGACAACAUUAGAAAUACGAGAAACGGUCACCUCAUUGGAACAGGAAGUCGAAUUGAAGAAGAGGAAACUAUCUAAAUGUUAUGCCAAAUACUUGGCACUGCAGCAGGAGUUGAAUGAUACAAAAUAUGAGCAUAAUCAGGAUUUGAGGGAGCUGGAAAUGGCACAAAAUGAAUUGGUAAAGGAGUUAAAGCGGCAGCUCUUAAUCAUUGAUAACUUUGUUCCAGUUGAGGUUAAGAAUCGUCUCUACACUCAAGCCAAGUAUGACGAAGACAAGGAGGAAUGGAAAUUCUCGGCAUUGAGUAUUAAUGAUACUCGCAGCAUGAAACGUCCUGUAUCACAUCAUCAGCGUCGUCGACCUGUUUCCGAAUAUGGCCUACAAGAAGCUCAGAAGAACGUCCCAACGUCAAUUCGUUUUAAAAGCGAGAAUAUUGUCAACUAUGAAUUGGAUAUGCCGUGUCGAACUACUCAAGAGUAUCGAAGUCCAAGAGUUUCUGCAUCUUUACAGGCUGUUUUGGCUCAGGCUAUGCAGACAGGUGAUGAUAUAGAUAUUGGGGGCGAUAAUACAAAUAGCAUUCGGCAUCGUAUGGAGAAAAUUAUUAACCAGAACUCGCAAUCGGUGACUACGAAUGGGGUGAGAAGUAUUAAAUCGUCCAAAGUCGAUAGCAACAAGAGGCAACAGGUGCAACCUAAAGGGAUAAAGAAGCCAGCUUCGGCUUAUCCCAAAGCUAGAGGUUUAGUUAAUAAAUAAAUUGGGGAGGAAUCUUCUUCUUCAUUUUUAAAAGUGCAAUCGCAAACAUUCGGUCCUUAAUUCCCUUUUGCUUGCCGCCGCCGCCGCUCCCUUAUCCAUGCCCUGACUUACACAAGUAAUACUCUUCAUUAUACUACCUACUACUGCAUUAUAAUAACCGUUAAAAAUCUAGAUUGUAAGUUCUUUAGCAAUUAUUAUUUCAUUAAGAGUAGAAAUUAUAUGCCAGUGAUGGAAGAAAAGUCUCUAACCAAAGCUUCAUUUAAAAUAAUGGUGUCUGUAAUGCAUUCGCUUCUUAUAAUAAUUUCUUUUGUCUUUUUAGGAUUUAUAUAUAUAUAUAUAUGUGUUGAUUAUAAUUUAAUAUAUAUUUUAGGGAAACACCAAUUUAGACUGGUCAAUAAAUAUUUAUUUAAAUUUAAUAUAA